AUGGUUUUCACAUCUGCUUUUGACGUUAAAAAUCCAACAGUUCAGUUAAAUGAGACUGAGCAGAAGAUCUCGCAAUUGUUGAAAGAUUUCAGUAACGAUUAUAACUCUCAAAAUGAUGGUGAAAAGCUCGAGCUGAGAAUCACCGGUGGUUGGGUUAGAGACAAAUUACUAGGUGAUGAAAGUAAUGAUUUGGAUAUUGCCAUUAACAAGUUGACUGGUGAAGAAUUUGGUGAAAACUUGAGACAGUUUUUGAUUGAUAAUUUUGACACUUAUCAGAUUUCUCCAAAGAACGUUCAUAAGAUUGACAAAAAUCCAGCCAAGUCGAAACAUUUAGAAACUGCCACAACAAAACUAUAUGGCUUGGAUGUUGAUUUUGUUAAUUUAAGAAGUGAAGAAUAUACAGAAGAUAGCAGAAUCCCAAUCAUCAAAUAUGGUACACCACAAGAAGAUGCUUUGAGAAGAGAUGCGACUUUGAAUGCCUUAUUUUACAACAUACAAAAAGAUCAAGUUGAGGAUUUAACUGAACGUGGGCUAGAAGAUUUGAGAGAUGGUGUUUUAAGAACUCCAUUAAAACCAUUGAAAACAUUCUUGGAUGAUCCUUUGAGAGUUUUAAGAUUGAUUAGAUUUGCAAGCAGGUUUGGAUUUUCAAUUGAAGAGGAAACUUUCAAUGCUAUGAAGGAAGAAUCUAUUAAAGCUGCAUUGAUACAUAAGAUUAGUAGAGAAAGGGUUGGUGUUGAAAUUGAAAAGACAUUACAAGGGAAAAAUCCAGUAUACGGCUUAGAGCUAAUCAAUGAACUCAAGCUAAUGAGAUCCAUUUUCAAUUUCGGUCCUUUCGAAGAUGUUAUUUGCGGGGGUAAUGAUAAAUCUCAAGUUGAUAGUAUAUUUGGUGAAGUUGAAAAGCAAGCUUCAAACUCCAUUGCAGUUGUUAAAAACUUCCAAAGUGAAACUAAAUUGGACUCGGUAUUCAAUAAUGUCAUUCAAGAUAAAGAACUCAAGAUGUUAUUCUGGCUAUCAAUCAUUCUAAGACCAUGGAGAAAUACUAAAGUCCAUGUUAAAAAGCCUAUUUUUGCAACAGAGAUUAUCAUCAAGGAAGGUGUGAAAUUAUCCAAGUUAGAUGCUGAUGUUGUCACCAAACUUGUUUCCACCUCUGAAGAAUACCAAUCAGUUGUUAAUCAAUUGCCAGGUUUCAAAAGAUCCACUAUUGGUGUGUUGUUGAAGCAAUAUGGUGAAAAUUUGAAUUUAUCAAUAAUGUUUAAUUUCUUUGAUGAAUUAAUCAAAACAAAUGAUACUGAAUCCACUAUUUCCAAAUAUGAAUCAUUCUACCAUGUUAUUUUGAAAGAAAAUUUACAAGAUUCGUACAAGUUGAAACCAAUUGUGGAUGGUAAGACUUUGAUCAAGAAAUUGAAUACAAAACCAGGACCAUGGAUGAGUAAAAUCACUGAAGAAAUCAUGGUUUGGCAAUUGGAUAAUCCAGAAAAAUCACAAGAGGAUUGUAUAUCAUUUGUUGCCUCAAUUCUUGAACAACAAAAAUGA